AUGGAUGAAGAGCUGGUUCCGAAAGAACUGUCUUCGCCUCGUGCAGAUGCUGAAGGCAUUCGAAUGAAAUGUAUGGCUGAUUAUGAGGUUAAAAGUGAAAUUGGUGAGGGAUCGUUCAGUAUUGUGUAUUCGGCUGUUGAGAAAGCUGAGCCUCAUCGUCAGGUUGCCAUUAAAAUGUGCUUCAAAAAGCAAAUCCUGAAAGAAAAGCGGGUUGCUGCGAUCCAUCGUGAAAAACGAGUGCUUGCUAUUUUGUCGUCAACCGAGUUUCAACAUCCUUUUAUUGUAACUCUAUACGCCACAUUUCAAGACAUGGAGUACUUGUACUUUGUUCUUUCCUACGCGGAAUAUGGAGAUCUUCUUCACAUCAUGUUGAAGAGACCGGAAAAGCGCUUCAGCCUUGAAGACUCCCGUUUCUACGCCGCAGAAGUCCUAUCAGCCCUUCAACAUAUUCACUCCUUAUCGUUUGUACAUAGAGAUGUAAAACCUGAAAACCUUCUAGUAUCGGCCAGUGGUCACAUAAUGUUAUCCGACUUCGGCAGCGUUAAGGACUUAUCUCUUAAGGAAGAAUUUACUAGAGAAAGUACGGGGAGACCUAAAAGGCGGAGUUCAUUUGUUGGGACAGCUCAGUAUGUUAGCCCAGAGCUCGUAAUAGCGACUUCUCGUAUAUCGUUGUUUUGGACACUUCAGGUCUUGGAAGGUAGACUUGUUUCUCCAGCUACAGAUCUUUGGUCUUUUGGAGUCGUUAUCUACCAAUUUUUGACAGCUCUCAUGAAACUUAUCGUGACUGCAGGUAGGCACUUGUUCCACGACGAGUCUGAGUAUUUGAUAUAUAAACGUAUUAAAAAGUUACUGUACUCUUACCCCUGUGAUUUCCCAAUCUCUGCUAAAGAUUUCGUCGAUAGCCUGUUAAGGACUAAGCCAGAAGAUCGGCUUGGAACGGAGAAAUCGGGUGGGCCGGCUGCAAUACGUAAUCAUGAGUUCUUCAUUGGAAUAGAAUGGGACAAUCUGCCAAACACUAGGCCACCACCUAUUCAGCUGUAG